GAGGGGGAGAGUGGAGGAGGAGGGGGGGAGUGACGCGCUCCCAUGAUGAACGGAUGAGCGGCGUGCUGCUGCUGUUUCUCUCAGAGCGACUUGGAUUCACAUGCACACACACACACACGCAUUUACAUACGUCUACACACAUACAGUAUACACACAGACACAUACACACGCGUAUACACAAGCCUGUGUACACACACACAUUGGUAUAAACACACAGCUAUACACGGAUCCAUAACAUUCAGUUUAUGCACGCUCUAUUCUUCACGUUCAAUAUACACAUACAUAUGUACACAUCUUUACAGAUACAGUACACGCGCCUAUAUGUACACGUUUGUAUCAACACACAUCUAUAAUAGUGCAUACGCGUACAUUAUAAACACAUCCAUAUAUACGCACACCCCCUAUAUACCCAAGAAUACCCACAUCUACUAUACAGUAUAUACACAUCACAUACAUACACACCUCCAUAUACAGCAUACACAUUCAUACACACACACACAUCCAAAUCUAUACCGACACAUCCAUAUACACAUAUCGUAACAAGCAUUGCCACACAUACAAACGUAUAUACACACACAACACAUACAUACAUCCAAGUACAGCAUCACCCACGCAUUCAUAUAUAUUACACACACACACAUCCUCACACACAUCCUCACACACAUACACAUCCACACACGUGUGUACGUGCCAAUCAGCAUUGAGAAGUACGCUGGGACUUCACCUCUCGCGCUAAGGAAGAUUUGAACACAGCACCCGGUGCCUUCGAGGACUUCGCGAUUUGCAGACGGGUGAGACGGAGACGGAAGGGGAGGGAAGUGGAGGGGCGGAUACCCCCAGCGCCGUGACCACGCCGUGCCAGAGGGAGAGACCACGCGUGACGGAGCGAUGAAUAAGCUGCGGCAGAGCCUGCGAAGGAAGAAGGAGAACUACGUGCCGGAGGCGAGCCGCCCGCACCAGUGGCAGGCGGACGAGGAGGCGGUGAGGCGCGGCCACUGCAACUUCCCCGUCAAGUACCUGGGCUGCGUGGAGGUGGACGAGUCCCGGGGAAUGCACGUGUGUGAGGAGGCCGUGAAGAGGCUCAAAGCGACGGACAGGAAGAAAAUCCGCGCCGGGCUGUGGGUGUCCGCUGACGGACUUCGAGUGGUGGACGAUGCCACCAAGGACAUGAUUGUGGACCAGACGAUUGAGAAGGUCUCCUUCUGCGCCCCGGACCGCAACUACGACAAAGCCUUCUCCUACAUCUGCAGGGAUGGGACGACGCGUCGCUGGAUAUGCCAUUCCUUCAUGGCCAUCAAGGACUCGGGCGAGCGGCUGAGCCACGCCGUGGGCUGCGCGUUCGCCGCAUGCCUCGAGCGCAAGCAGCGGCGCGAGAAGGAGUGCGGCGUCACCGCCACCUUCGACGCCAACCGCACCAGCUUCACCCGCGAGGGCUCCUUCCGCGCCAACGCCGCCAACGCCGCCAACGCCGCCGGCGGUGCCGCCGGUGCCGGUGGCGCCGCGGCAGGCGACAGGCCCGGCGACGAGGUGGCGGGGACGACGACGACGACGACGAUGAUGAUGGUGGCGGUGACGAUGACCGGAGCCGCAACGCACGAGCGAGCGUCGAAGGCGUCUCCCAUCGAGAGAGCCAUGGCAGCGAUGUCGGGGGUCGGCAACUCGGGAUCGGAGGUGGGAGGGGCGCCCCCCGCAUACCCCUCCCCCUCCUCCUCACCCUCCUCCUCCUCCUCCGCGGCCGCGGUCGUGGCCGGGCGCGGUGGCGCGGCGGCGGCCCCGGCGUGGACGCCGGGGGAACCGCCGCCCCCCCACGCCGGGGGCCACAACCCCCACGCCAUCCCUCGCAAGCACGCGCCGCUCGAGCAGUUGGUGCGGCAGGGCUCCUUCCGUGGGUUCCCCGCGCUGGCACAGAAGACGUCUCCAUUCAAGCGGCAGCUCUCGCUGCGCGUCAACGACCUCCCGAGCACGCGGCAGAGACACAUGGACUUCCAGGACGAGCUGACGGAGCCUGAGUCCCCGUGCCAGGGUGAAGCGGACGAUGUGAGCGAGCUGUGCGGGCAGAUGUCCGGCACGGGGCUGCUGGGGCGAGGUCACGACCUCCCCCCGGCUUCCGUCUCCAUGCAAGCGCACCGCGACGUGCCGCCGUACCCGCUGCCCGGCACCGCCCGCGACAGCCUCGACCACCACCACCAGCGCGCCGUCUCGUGGGGUCCGUCGGCCUCCCUGCCCCACGAGGGCGCCGCCGGUGCUGCCGGCGGCGCCCUCGUGGGGCAGCCCCGGCCGCACCACGCGCCGUCGUCGUCGCCGCCGCUGGGCCACCGGCGCACGGCGUCCGAGGCCGAGCGCUGGCUCGACGAGGUCACCAAGGCCGUGGCGGCGCAGGCUCAGGGUCAGCCGGCGCCGCCGGGGGUCAACCCGUUUGGCGGGGUGGCGGCGCCGGUGCGGUCCCCGUACGCCUCGGCAGCUGCGCUCGCUCAUAACGGAACAGUGCCGCCGGCUGGCGCUUACGGAUCGGAUCUAACGCCGGCGCAGAUGGCCGCAAGCCUGUUCUCCCCGCAAGCCGUGUACGCCGUUGGCCCCGCCACGCCGUCCGCGCCUUCGUCGGCGUCGUCGUCGCCAUCGUCGUCGGCAGCGCUGGCGGCGGCGGCGGCGACGGCCGCGUCGCUGCUCCAGCAGCAGCAGCUGCAGCAGCUGCAGCAGCUUUCGCCACACCAUCUCCACCAGCAGCAACAGAUGCACCAGCAGCAGCAGCUGCGUCAACACCAGCACUUGCAGCAGCAGCACCACCUUCUGCAGCACGGACAGGCGCCGGAGUCGCCGCAGCUUGGCGGGUCGCUGCCCCCAUCGCCGCUGCUCCAGCCGCGGUUGCACCAGGCUCAUAACGGCGGCGCCCGGUCGCCGGCGCACAGCGAGCGCUCACCGGCGCACAGCGUGGCAUUCGAGGAGCGGUGGGCGUCAGCCGCGCCCGGGGGAACCGUCGCCGGGACCGCCAACGCCGAAAUCGGGGGCAAAAUGUACCCGCCAGAACCCGGGCCGCCUUGCUCCCCGGCGACCACCAACCCGUUUCAUCGUUUGGCAGUGAAGAUGCGCCGAAGCCGGGAGGGGGAGCAGGAGGAAAAGAAGGAUGCAGCAGGGAGGAAGGAAGCAGGGGGAGAGGAUGAGUGA